AUGUCAUUGACUGGGACUAAUGACGCACCAUUACCGUCUGCACUUCUGGGAAGAAGGAUGAAGAAUUCAUCUUUGAGGCCCUGCUCAGGACUCACUGAAAUUGAACCACUUGGAGUUCAGACCGACCACGUCACGUACGAAUCCUCACCGGGCGACACGAAACAUGUGGUCGCGGGAUUUACCACUCCUUUUGUUCCCGGGGACACCGUUCUGGACAACUUCAAUCGGACCAUCGAUCAUCUCAAUCUCAAACUCAGUAUCGUCCACCGCGACAUCACCACGUGGAACCUCCUCAUCGAUCCAGAAACAGACGACCUCCAAAUCUUUGACUUCAACAUGGGCACCAAGCUUACCUGGGAAGGUGACAAUGACCACCUCAACACCUUUGGCUACGACGAAGACCGCAACGAUGUCAAGCUCGCCGUUUUCGCCGUGUAUGAAAUUAUCACGAGUGGCAUUUCCUACCGCGAGGAAAACGAGCUGGAAAAUCUAGAUGUUGCCCAAGUACUGGAUCAAGAAGAGUGGGAGCAACAUCCCGAUGUGCAGCUUGAGGAGGGGGUACCUGUGUCCGAAUAUCGACGUGUUCUUAUGGAGUGGGUCAGUUCUCGGAAAAAGACCGAGAAGGAAACUACGUUCUAUAAGCAGGCUCCUGAGUUUAUCGACUCACCGGGCCAACCGGGGUUCCCGCUGGUCGACUUUGUGGGGAGCGUGACGCGGAAGGCAUCGCAAAUGCGGUCGGAGAUGAUCAGGAGAGGGGAGCCGUUUAUCAGGUGGCAGCUUUCCGCAACAGCGCAGCUCCCGCUUCCAGAGGGUCAGCGUUUGCUUGCGACUGGUAAGAUAGUUACGGAGAAGUAA